AUGAAGGGAUUGUAUGAAUCAGUUGAAGAUGUUGUUCUGUCCAUUCGAUUUUGGUUGCAGCACUUAGCAACUAAUGUUAAAAAGACCAGAGUAUUAACACGGGAAGAGGAAAAGUUUCUAACAGAUAUGGACAUUCCUUGUGUGGUCAGGAAAUUAUCACCAGUACAUUUGGUGACUUGGAAGAAACCGAUGGUUGGGAGAGCAAAGCUUAAUAUAGAUGGAAGUAGUUUGGGAAACCCAGGCCAGGCAGGUGGAGGAGGAGGAGGAGUGAUUCGUAAUGAUAAAGGGAUGGUGCUGGCAGCGUUUGCCACUAAUUUUGGGAUAGCAUCGAAUAAUGAAGCUGAGCUGAGAGCUCUGCUUGAGGGUCUUAAAUUUUGCCAACAUAUAGGAGUUUUCCAUGUUGAUGUUGAAUGUGAUUCCAAGAUUGUUGUAGAAUGGAUGUUGAAAUGCAAGUGUAUUGUUUGGUAUUUGUGGGAUUUUUGGGAGGAGUUAUUGAAUUUGAUGAAUUUAUUUGAGAUUCAGGUAUCACACCAGUUUCGGGAAGGGAAUCAAGUGGCGGAUUUACUAGCAAAAAUGGGUGCACAUGGAGUAACGCAACGUUUUACGUCUGGUACUGACUUGCCUAUGUAUGCUCGAGGCCUUGCACGGUUGGAUCGCAUUGGAGUUCCCUAUAUACGUGAAUGA